UAUAUAUUAAGACUCUAUAUCAAAUCCCCAUAUGGAUUCGCCGCAUUAAGCGCUUUGCAAUUAAUGAAUACUUUUUAUGGAAAAGAGUUAUUGGUAUCUGGUGAUUUAUAUGAUGGGGUUUAUGAAUUAGUAACUUUUACAUCUCUGGAUACAUCUCUUACAGGCACUGAUAUCUAUGGCUCUCAGUUUAGCUUAAAAAAAAAAUUAUUAAUUUUUUUUUAUUUUUUAGUAAAUUCAUUUUCAUUCUAUGACGUAUCAUUUUUAUAUAAUAAUAUUGAUGUUACCAAUCAUAGACAUUAUAAUGUUAUGUAUUUUAGUUUACCAGAUAAUAUUCCAAAAGAUGUGCACAUACCAAUGCUUAGAUUAGGAUCCGAAUAUCUUUCAAACCCCAAUAAUUUAGAAGUAUUAGAUCCAAACAAUUUUUUCUAUUCAACAUGGAAUAAAACUAUUCAAAAGUUUCAAAUUGAAUUCUAUGUUGAUGCCAAUACUCAAUGUGGUGUUUUUUCCUUUAUAUUACUUUUUAGUCUUAAACUUAUCAAUUCCGAAUCUUUGGAUGGACAAUUAAUAAUUAAAAAAUCAAAGAUGGAUUUAUAUGGCCCAAUGUUUAAAAGAAUACAAAAAAUACUACCCCAAACAAAUAUAGAUAGUUCAAAUAGCUAUGCCACUAUCGGAUGGUCCAUCGUUAUUGAAGAUCCAGUAAAUGGUUUUGACUAUGGCCAUAUAGUUAUUAAAGGUGAAACAGAUCAAUCUUCUUAUAAAAUUCCAAUAACAUCAAAUGAUGUCAAACCUGGUGGUAAUGCAUUUUUGGGUGAAUAUGAUUUCAAAAUCAAUGUAACCUACCCAUGUAUAUCUCAAAAUUAUAUUAUUAGUCAUGUGGAUAUGUACGAUAAAAUGGAUAGAAUGUCUUCAUUCACAUUAUUUUCUCAAACGACACUCACCUCUUUUAUGAAUCCAUUUAAAUAUUAUUUAAAUGAUUCUUCAAUCAAUGUAAUACCAGUAACUUGUUCGAGUCAUCUUAUUUCAUCACUAGAUUCAGAUCCUCCAGUUCUUACCAGUUUCAAUAUUUCAAAAUCUGUAAUUGAUGUUAGUGGAUCAAAUAGAGAAGUAGAGUUUAUAUUUACCGCAAUUGAUAGGGAAAGUGGUUUAAAGGACCAACAAUAUCCAAUUGUAUAUCUAAGCACAACACCAAACAGAAUUUUUGAAUGCAAGUCAACAAUAAUUAAAAAAAACAGUACAUCAGCAACAUAUUCCUGUAAAAUUCAAAUUAAUUACAACUUUGCAUAUCCAGAUGGUAUUUUAUUAUCAGUUUAUGGCUUUAUUAAUAAUAAUGGUUUCUCUAGUGGAUACUCAGCUUUGCAACUAAUUGAAAAAGGUUUCCCAUACUAUAUAAAUGUAACAUCUGAAAAUAAUGAACCGUUUAUUACAAGAAAUUAUAAAAUAAGGGAUAAUGGUGGUGAUUUAUGGCUGAUUGGUCAAAAUUUUAAAGAGUCACAAGUUUUCAUAACUUAUGGUGAUGGAACAACUAGUAACACAAAAGGAAUUUUAAUUUCACCAUCAGCUAUCAAAGUUCCAAAUGUCAAACCUACAAAAAAACCUUUCAAAGUAUUCAUCAAAACUUCCAAUUAUGUAUCUAAUACAUUCACAGUAGUACCUGUAAUUUAUGAUUAUUAUAUCAACCAACCAAUACCCACUUUUCCACCAACAACUACACCAGUACCAACUAAUAAGCCACAAUUAUGCAAAGGUACACCAGUAUGUGGAGGUCCAUCAAAUGGUAAAUGUGUUGAAAAUCAAGGAUGUGUUUGCUAUUCCCCAUGGAUCGGUAUUGAUUGUUUAUCACAAAUAGUAAUUAAUCCACCAAUUGUUAAUAUUGGAAAUAAUAAUACCCCAUCCAUCGAAAUUAAAGUACCAACUAUAAAAAAUAAUACUGGUAAUAACGAUAAUACAACAUCAAUCAUAUCCUAUGAUUCAUUAGUUUCAAUAAAAUCACUAAGAGAAAUCGAUAUUUAUGGUAAAGCAGUUAAAACAUUUGAAUUCAAUGAUGAUUGGUUAUCGAAACAAGUAGAUUCUACCACAUAUCAUUUCUUUACAUCCAUCGAAAAUAAUAACCAAACCACAAAUAUUGAUGUAACAUUAAAAUGGUUCAGAGAGGAAACUACUUUGUCAUUUGCCAACGAAAGCUUUACAAUGUAUCCAUCAUCAAUGAAGUAUACUGUUGAAAUUGGUCAAUAUCAGUUCCAAAGCCAAUUGAAUGAGUUGCAAUUGGUAAUGUCUGCCAUAAUUAAAUCAAACACAACCGAGAAGGUAUGCUCAAAUAAAGAAUUUGGUGAAACAACCUCAGGUGAUAAUUCAAAUUAUAUAAAGAUACAAAUAGAUAACCAUUCUUUGUAUGGUAGAUUUAUCAAAAGAGGUAUAGUUGAUUCAAAUAUUAGAACCAUUACAAAUGUACAACUCGAUGCCGAUAUGAACCCAAUAACCUCAACAAAAUCUUUGCAAUCAUAUAUAGGUAUUCAAAUUCCUUAUUAUAAAGAGUCAGUUAUUAUCGAUCCCGAUUUUUCAGUUUUGAUAGAUUCAUAUUCGGCAUCAUCAAAAUCAGACUCUAUAUGCCCAACCAAUUCCAAACUUACUACAGGUAAAAUUAUUGGUAUUGCUUUGGGUGGUGCUGCUUUUGUCGCUGUGGCUAGUGUCGCUUUAACAUAUAUACUUGUUAAAAGACACAAAGAAAAAAAAUUCAUAUCCUCGGUUAGCAAAAAGGUAAUAGAUAUGAAUGAAAAGUUAUAA